CAUCCUCAACAGCCUGGUACAGAAGGCAUCUGACAAAUUUCUUAGAGGUUUCAUGGGUGUCCUCACGAUCGCCCGCGAGUACUCCACCCUGUGCGAAAGUCUGCAGAUGCUCCGACAAGCGGCUGAAUCCGCUGGAAGAACUGGUAUGUAUGCACCCCUCCUGGUUCUUUGAUUUGUUGGGAAAAAAUAGAAAUUUCAGAGAAUUUUAGUGCUAUAAAAGAAUUUUCUACGAGGAGUUUUAAAACAAAGGAUUAUAUAGAUUUAUAUGAAAUGGAUAAUUUUAUAGCUCCAACCUCUUGAAAAUUUUUUUCUUUAACCCUAUUUCUCUUAUUCAAUUUCUGUGUUUUUCCUAUGGCUCAAUCAACAAUUAGGGCUCCUUUAAUUUGGAGGAAAAACGUAGGGAUAUUGGAGGAUUUUAAUCUUAUAGAAAAAAUUUUCUAUAAAACCCUUUGAAACAGGAUUAAGUCCCAUUAUAUCCUUUGAAAUUAUCAUAGAAUGGACAAUCCUACAAAUAUUUUAGAGGAAAUUUAGCAAGAGCUCUAACCUCUUGGAAACUUUUCUUUUGAGCUUAUCUUUCUCAUCUGAUUCAUGUGUUUCUGUGCGGCUCAAUCAAAUAGUUAUUCUGUGAUACUGUAGGCAUAUAUUUGGUGUUGGUGGAUUUUUUUUAGGGUGGGGGGUGUCGAGGGUUUGAGUUUACAGAUGUAAACUUCAUGAACCAGGUUGCCUCUGGUACUGUUGAAAAGCCAAUAAGCAGAACAACAAAGAUAUGACACUAAGAUUUUCAAUGGCUGAGUUGAGGUUACUCACCUUCAAAGUUGAGCAUCUACUGGAGGAGUUGAGAUGGGAGGCUCAGCACAACAAGGCUUUGGUUGACGGGCACAGGAACAGGAUGAUGCGCAACAUGUAUAUUCCAUUAGUUCUUCCUCGAAGCAUGAAGAGGAAGCUUAAAAUGAUCACCGGCCAACUUAAUGCACUAGGUGCAGAGAUCAAUGGCUUCAUCAACCACGUGCCAUUGGUAAUGCAAAAUAAUAUUGUGGGAAGGGUGCAUGAGAAGCAAGAGAUAAAGCAAAAACUAUUCUGUCUGGACAGAUACAAGCAUGAAGGCCUCAAGGUCCUAUGUGUAGUUGGCAUUGAAGGAGUGGGAAAAACUGCCUUGGUUCAAUUAAUCUUUGAUGAAGUCAAUGUGAAGGAAUAUUUCUCAUUGUGCAUAUGGGUGAAUGUAUCUCGCCAAUUUGAUGCAAUGAGAAUCACAAAACGGAUUAUUGAGGUUGCAACCUGUGAGCCAUUGGAGACACAAAUGGAUCACAAGGAAGAGAAGGAGUUGCAAUCCUACCUCCAGAACAUUUUACAUGAAAGAAGGUUUUUGCUCGUCUUAGAUGAUGUUUGUGAUGAGAACACCAAUGGCUGGGAAGAACUCAGAACCUCACUGGCAUCUGGAGCAUCAGGGAGCACGGUCAUUGUGACGACCCGUGAACUUUGUGUUGCAAGAACCUUAGAAGCACCUGCAUCUGGCAUCAUUGAGCUGGGACCAAUGAGUGAUGAUGAGAUAUGGUCCAUAAUGAGGCAGCGAAUGUUAUGUGGCCUAGAUGACAAACCCGAGCUCAUCCAGGUUGGUCAAUCCCUCGUGCAAAAGUGUCAUGGAAUUCCUCUAGCUGCUGUAACACUCGGGGAUUUGCUGAGAAAGAAGGGAACCUCUAAUGAAUGGUCUAGUGUCAUAGAAGCUGCCAAUGAAUGGUUGGCUCUUGCAGAAAGCGAUAUGCUGACCACGACGGCAGGUGUAGCCUCGGUCGCACUUCAGAUGAGCUAUGAGCACUUGCAACCAGACACCAAGAGGUGCUUUGCAUUCUGUGCUUUAUUUCCUGAAGCUUUUGAAGUGGAUGGUGAUAUGCUGAUCCAGCUGUGGAUGGCUAAUGAUAUGGUAUGGUACGAUACUGAAGGUAUGGGGGCUUGGAUGUUAGAUAGGCUACAGUCAAGAUCAUUUCUUCAAGAUGUCAGUCAACCUUACAAUGGAGUAACAAUCUAUAAGAUGCACCCUCUUGUUCAUGGCAUAGCAACGUCAGCUGCUGGAAAAGAGAUCCGAAUCCUACAUCAAGGCCACCAACUUACAGAAGUGAUGCCAGAGCUCCAUCACUUGUCAGUGGUUGGUUCAGGGUUAGAUGUUGAUAUGAUUCUACCCAAUGCAUGGGGUAUCCACACACUGUUGUCACAAGGAGAAGGAUGUCGAAUAAGUGUGUCUAAUCCUGAUUUUUGGAAAUCCAACUCCUUGAGAGCGUUAGACCUGCAUGGUCUCUUGUCCGCCAGUGUUCCAUUUAGUUGCCAAGAUAUGAAGCAUCUCAGGUACCUUGAUCUGUCAAGAAGUUGGAUAACGUCGCUUCCAGAGGACUUUUUCAUGAUCUAUAACCUGCAAACUCUGAGGCUCUCCGAUUGUUUUUACCUAAAGCAACUUCCAGAAAACAUGAGGUUUAUGGAGAAUUUAAGGCACAUUUAUAUCGAUGGCUGCUUCCGAUUAGAAAACAUGCCGUCAAAUAUGGGACAAUUGCAGAACCUUCAAACACUGACAACUUACAUAGUGGGCAAUGGUGAUGGGUAUGGAAUUGAAGAGAUCAAGAGCAUGGAUCUCGGUGGGCGGCUUGAAAUAUAUAAUCUGAAGAACGUGAGGGACAAAUCAAAAGCCGAGGCCGCAAAUUUAUCUCUAAAAACAAGAAUGUCCAAUAUGUUGUUGUGUUGGGGUAUGUUUAGGAAUGACGAGGUAAAUGCAUACAAUGCCGAGGAAGUGAUGGAGGCUCUUAGAACCCCUAUGUGUGUACAGACACUCAAGGUUUGGCGAUACCCUGGUAGCAUACUUCCAAUUUGGUGGCCAGGUCAAACUCUUGCUAAUCUGGUUAAACUAACCAUCAAAGAUUGCGCAAGAUGUAAGAGGCUUCCUCCUGUGCAGUAUUUUCCAUCACUUGAGGUCCUACAUCUUGAAGGAAUGGACAGUCUCACACUUUUUUGCGACAAUGUAUCGAUGGACAACAUUGAGGUCAGCUAUUAUCGAUUCUUCUGGAGGUUGAAGAGUCUUAUCCUGUGUGAUAUGCCAAGCUUGGAAAAGUGGCAAGAAGAUGAGGUGAUAGAAGUAUUCACAAUUCCAGUGCUUGAAGAAAUGAAAUUGAUCAACUGUCCAAAGUUGGUGACAAUUCCAAAUGUUCCUAUGCUCAGAUGUUUUAUUGUAGAAGGGCAAAACAAACAACAGUUAUAUUCUCUGGCACCAUCGUCGUCCAAAAGUAAAGGUCCAUCGUGCAGGUUAGAUUAGCCUUAGGCUCCCAUUUUGUAAGAAAAGUAAGUACACUAUCCAAAGUAGCAUUUGGAGAAACUAUUUUACGUUGGGGUCAUGUAUACUGUAAUUAGAACUACUUUCUUAGCUGGACACUGUGAAGAAGCCCAAUAAGAUUGGAUCUUUCUUACAAUACUAAGAGAAUUUUUUUUUA